CUUUUAAUCUUCAUUUUUGCCUGUUGAAGAGGAAAGGCCUCGCGAAAAUGUUUCCCGAGCGGGUUUUUUCCCCCAUCGAGAUCGCUCCCAAUUUGCAGUGACACACAUUGGGCGCAGUUGGAUCGCCAGCACAAACGGGUAACAGCUUCGCGGCGCAUCUCCCCCUCGAAGCACCUCACAGCUGUGGAAUGAUUCGCGCUCGAUCAGCACACCGUUGAUUAGCAGUCCGCCGAUUAGCAAAACGUCGAUCGAAUUUCCCCCGCUUCACUCCGCAACGUGAGGGGCAUACGCGCAGACGUACUUAAAACAAUCUGCAUAGAGAUACACCCCACUGUCCCCUCUCCCUUACGGAACAGUUACACACCCACUGAAAGAUCGAAAAAAAAGUAAAAUAAAUAAAUGAAUACACACGGGGACCUACAGGAAACGCACACCAGACCUUUUGCUCUCUCUCCCUACUCCCCACAACGGCACUCGAAGGGGAAAUGACCACUUCCGAUUUUUUGCCAGUCCUAUAACGUCGCGUCUGCUCGAAAAAGGAAAAGAAGAAAGAGAAGAGGAAAUUAAAAAUAAACCUAAACGUAUAGCCAGGCCAAGUGAACGCCAGGGCAACACCAACGCUCAGAGCUGACGCGCAACCGGAUGCACCGCGCAAACCUCCAUACCCACGUGGAAAAUCGUUUCUACACACCAAGCCAGCAUGACGAGCGGGAAGAUCUCGGGGCCAAAUACCAGCCACACGGCUACGUCCUGCCCCCCUCCGAAAGACGGGAUGAAUGAGAAGAGUGGCAUUCAACCGGGGGAGACGACUCAACGGAACGCAACCAGUCAACAUAAAAAUGGCACCCAUGCAUUUGUCACAAGUAAAUUUUCAAACGGAAGGAAUAACACAAUGGUGGUCCAUGAGGAGGGCACCCUUGAGGGGACCCUCUCCUACGGGCAGUUUGUAGUGAAACCCCCCUUUAAAACGGACACCAGUCCGAAGGCAGAAGAACCACUCAGUGAGACCCUCACGAAGGGAGCAAGUGUCACCAACACAGGUGAAAAAAAGAAGAGUCAACCCCCUGCCGGGAAGAUGACCGCUCCAAGCGGCUCCGCCAAAACGUACGCCGAAAGGGUGGCCCAUAGAGGCGGGGCCGACGAAGCCAAGGCCAAUAAGGACGUGACCAAUAAGGACGUGACCAAUAAGGAGGUAACCAAUAAGGAGGUAACCAAUAAGGAGGUGGCCAAUAAGGAGGUGGCCAAAAAAGAAGACAACCCCGUCGCCGACGCGGAAGCACCCCAGGUGGGAUGCCCAACAAACGGCUCUCAAAAUCCUUCGAACGAAAAAAAGAAAAAAAAAAGGAAGAAGAAAAAAAAAAAAGACAGCACCCUUCAGGGGGGUAUAAAUGCUUCUUCAAACGGCAGCGCGAAGGAAGCGGCCAAAGGCGGAAGCAGCCUGCAGUACGACUCCUGGCACGAGGUGGACGACCCGAAAGGGGAGGGCCCGUCCAGCCGAAAGGCUCCCGCGCGGGAGGAGAGCCCCAACGGGAGGGGCACCACCGACGGGAGAGGCAGCAUCGAUGGAAGUGAUUCACUCGUGGGGGAUACUCAACGGGGAAAGGACCCAACCGAAGCGGGCCCCCCAAUCAAAGCGGACAUCCUGACCAGUGCGAACCCCCCAAGCAGUGCCAACCACAGCAGGAAGAACCCACCAGACGGAGGGCCAAAGAAAAAAAUAACCCUCCUUAAGAGGAACGAAAUGAAGUACGAAAAAUACGCAGGGGGGGGAAAUUACCCCAUGGGAAGUGCCCCAACUGGGGGAAAAAAUUGGCAACAAGACACAUCGCAGAAGACGCUCGAGCAGAGAGAAAGGGAAUAUAAAAAAAUACGAGCGAGGAUUUUUUCCAAUUUUAAUAAAAAGAAAAACAGCUUAAGGGUCCCGGAUGACUGCUUGUUUAGAGACGGUUCUAACGGUGUGCAGGAUGUCCCCCCAGCUAGCCAUUUCGCCAUGCCGGUUGGAAGUCCCUACGGGGCAGCGGCGAACAGCGCUUAUGGAGCGGCGGCGAAUAGCGCUUACGGAGCGGCGGCGAAUAGCGUUUACGGCACAUCCCUUAACAACGUCUACGCCUGCUCGAUGAGCGGACCCUACGCCUCGGCGGGCACCAACCCGUACGCGACCAGCUUCUGCAACCACGACGGCCACCUUUACGCACAUAGCAAUGUUAAUAUGAAAAUGAAUAUGAAUAUGGGCAGGGCAAACGCGGCGAACGAGGUACCUCCCCCCCCGCCGAGCUUUUACCCCAGCAGCCAAACUGCUUUCACAAGUUACAUGUACGACGUGCAGAACCAGUCGAGCUUUUCCAAAACGGGUGCCUCCUUCCCCUUCCCCAUCGAAUCGGCUGCGGGAUGUUACCCGCAUUAUAAGAGUGUGAGCAGCCUACCGGGGAGGGCGGUCAUCUCCAAUCGUGGCAAAGCGCAAGUGGUGGGUAAUUCCACCAGGGGAGACGCAGGCAAGGACGCUCUCCUGGGCGUCAACCAGUACGACCCGAACAAUAGCACUUACAGCGGUGGCAGUUACAACGGCGGCAGUUACAACAGUGGCGGUCACAACGGUGGCGGUCACAACGGUGGCGGUCACAACGGUGGUACCUACGUCGAUGGGGCCUACCCCGCGGGCACCUACAGCGGCGAUGCGCAUAACAGUGACGGGUAUGCCUGCGGGUUGAAGAGUGGAAGCCCCCCAAGUGACUCCUUCAAAAGCCCCACCCUGAUGAAUCACCCCAAACAGAACAGCCUCACCAACGUCACCCACGUGGAGGCGAUUACCCAAAUGAAUAACCCAGUUAAGCAUCCCCACGUAGUGCGGACAGCAUUCGAAGGAAAGCACUUUACACCCUUAAGCAGCAAAAUGAACCAAGACGUUUGCAAGAAGAACAAACCACCCAUGGGUAAUCGCAUUCAUAACGGCUCGAGGAAAAAGGGGGCAAAUGGCACCCACAACAACAUCAUCGCUGCUGAUGUGCCCAGACAGAUGGGCUUCCCACAUGGGGGGAUGGAAAACACAUACAGCUCUGCUGCUACCCUCAGCGGGGGAGGCACCUCUCGGAGGAAGAAAAAGGACAACGGAAGGGGUGGCAACUCCUCUGCUGCUCCAAAUGCAUACACAAUGACGAACGCCACCUUGGUGGCCACCCCCCCAUUGAGCUGCUUCACAAAUGAUGGGCACCUCUGGGGGAAUAUAAAUCAAAAGACGGCCGAUGUGGAAAGUGAGAAAGGAAGGCGAAUACAACCGGGCGCUCCCCCGUUUAGCGUCAAGGGGGGGGGAACCCACGCCACCAACCAGCAACCAUAUUGCGUUGCGCAGUCAGCGGGCUCCCCCGAAGAACAGAUCCUACCACACGCAAGUGAAGAAGGCGCGCUGGGUGUGAGAAGCGCUUCCAAGAGGGACCAAAAAAACGCUUGCCCCCUUCAGGGGGGUGUACCAAAUGAAGGGCAGGGGAGAAAGGCCGCCCACCGGGAGGGGGAGGCACUGCCCCCACCGCCGCUCCACCAGAGGGACUCACCACCGGGUGCACCAUUGGGAGGGGUACCAUCAGGAAGUACCCCAUUUGGAAGUACCCCCUUAGGAGGGGCGCUCACCAGCACGAAGGACAGUGCCGGCACGCUUGCCAGUGUAGGCGGCCCAAAUGAGGGAGGCACAAGUAGACCCCCUUCAAACGUGGACAAUCAGACCGAUAGCGGCGAAACGAAGGGGAAGAAGAAAAGGAAUUCCAAAAGGAAGAAAAAGAAAAAUGCGCCCUGUGGAAUGGCGAAGGGGAUGGUUACCCCGGUGGGGUCAUCAACUGGGCCAGCGAUCACCACAGCGAUCCCCACUGUGACCACCACUGCGAAGGCGCCCUCCACGGGGAACCCCCCUGCGGCCAACGCGAUCACCAACGGGCCAAUGCCCACUACCGCUUACCUGCAAAAGCACAGCGACCCCCUCCUUGCCAUGGAGGAACUGGAAUACUGCCGAGAUAUAACCCUCUACGAAAGGCGAUUUGACAAGGGGAACAGCACUCUGGAAAGUAGCAAGCGGUAUGAUGUGGACUUCCCCUCGCUGUACUGA